CUUAAUCAAGAGUCUGCGUUUAAGAGUGGGUUACAUUGCGCAAGAAUAGUUAAGCUCACCCACCGUUGAGACAAAACCCACUCCCACCAAACCAAGAGUGGAAAAGUAGACUUGAAGUUCAGUUUGGAAAGUUUUUCAUUCAUGAUAAGUGAGAAAAAAAAAUUCUCAAUUCUCAAUAUAAAUUCAAUUUGGAAUCAAAAUCAUUACCUCAUGUUUAUGUGUGUGUAAGUGUAAACAAUUAACUUCAACAAUCAAGCCUGAAGGAAAAUAUCACCAAUCAUCUUGUCAAUCAAGUGUAUCAACAAUUAACUAAUCAAUUCAAUCAGAUUUACACAAAAACAGGAACAACAAGCUAAUUGUUCAAAAGUGUUUUCAAUCAUCACCAUGAAGUUACUCUGAAUGAAACUUUUUCUUGAGUGAGAAAAAACUUUCAUCUGUGUUUCUAGAAUAAUGUAUCACUUACCAAAUCAACUUCCACCCCACCUUCCACCUCUACCACCACCUAAUCAUCCACAUCAUCUUAAUCAGCAUCAUCACCAUCAAAAGCAACAACGACAACAACAACAACAACAACAUCAUCCUCAUCACCAACAACACAUUUAUGACAAUGACGGUAGUGUACCAGUUUUUUACCGUUAUCAAUAUGAUAGUGACUAUAAUUCAAUAAUAAAUUCAAAAAACAUGGUCACCUCAUCAACCUCAUCCGAUGGGAUUAAAAAAGAUUCCGGAUUAAUACAAAUUUUAUCCUCAUCUUCCCAUGAUAAUAAUAAUUCAUCGCCUCUUUCCUCAUCAACACCCUCACCUUCACCACCAUUAGGUAUGCUAAUGGGUCCUGGUGAUGAUUGUCUUACCGGUGGUAAUUCAGCUCCUGGUCAAUCAAUACUCACACCAAAGGAAAAUACAUUAUCCUUUAUUUAUCCACUGGUGUCAUUUAUUUUUUCCACCCUCAAUGUAAUCAUUAACACCUUACUAGUUUACCUGUUUUACCUUGAAAAUCAGCAUACAUGGUUCAUUUUGACUUCGACAUUUUUAUUUAUUCCACUUUUACUGGUAAACAUAUUCAGUAUCAAAUGGUAUAUUCAAGAUUAUCGUCAAUAUAAAAAUGAACCUUGUCGACCAAGGUUAACAUCAUUUCAAUGGAUCAUCAAAAUAUUUGCUCAUCUUUUGCUGAUUGGACACAUCUUUAGGUAAGCAAAUAGCCAAUAAAUUAUAUUAUACUUAUCAUCUUAGUUGGGUCAUCAUUAUCAUCAUCCUCAUCCUCAUCCUAAUAUAAUAAUAAAAGAAAAAGACAAAAAAACUGAAAGCAUUAAACUAACACUAAUCAUGAAAUGACCAUAAGACAUUAUCAUCUUGUUAAUAUCCUUUAAGUUUACAUGUUGAUAGUAACAUGGUGGAGGUUGAAACAAAGGCCUAAAUAUAGCUCAUGAUGAUUUAUCAUAUCUCUCUCUCUCUCUCUCUCUCUCGCAUGAUGAUAAAUAUUAUCUUGUUUCAACUUUGCCCUUUCAUAGGUUAAUAACCGUAAUAAUAAACUAAUAAUUUUUGGAGAUAAUUUUUUUCUCACUGAUUUUAUUUCAUUCACAAUUUUGGGUUCUCUUGUUUUUUGUUAUGAAUGUGACUUGAAUCACUAAUCAUGAUCAAAUUGUUACAAUUAUGAUGAUAAAGAGAAACCAGAAUCUAUUGUUAAUAUGAGUUAUCAAAAUGUGAUUAGAAAUAUCAAAGUGGCAAAGGAGGGAAAUAUAUUGAAAGAGAAUAGAACAGAAAAAAAGUUGUAUCGAAUUUUUUUUCUUCUCCUUUUUCUCUUUUUAUAUUCUAGAUUCUCUCUUGGGAUUCCAAUUGAUAAUUUACUCCAUGUAUC